ACACACACACACGCGCGCGCACACACACGUACAGCGAACCCUUUCCUUUCCGGCUGCGCGCGGAUGGUUUCGAUAACCGUAUCCCGCCGUCCGUUCCGCGCGCGCGCUCCAGCCGCCGCGUCGCUUUGAUUAUUAUUACUAUUAUUAUUAUAAUACAGAGGGGUGGUGGUUUUUUUUUUUUUUUUGGUAGGGUUUUUUUUUUCUCGCUCUUUUUUCUCCAGGAUGACGUGAUUAACGCGCGAGACAGAACGGAGACCGGGGCUCCCACUCGGGCUUUAACAGACCCCCCCCACCACCACCACCACACACACACACACACACACACACACACACACACACCUUCUCCUCCCCUCUCUCUCUCUCUCUCUCUCUCUCUCUCUCUCUCUCCCUCCCUCCAUCCCUCCCUCCUCUUCAUGCGCCACCACCGAACGGUCCCGGGCACCGGCAGCGCGAGCUCCACCGACACCACCACCAACUCCACCAAUGCCACUCGCUCGUGCGACUGCAGCGCGUCCCAGCAGCCGCGGGGAAUGGAGAGAUCUGAACUGGAGUUUGUUCAGAUAAUAAUCAUAAUCGUGGUGAUGACCGUCAUGGUGGUCGUGAUCAUCUGUCUCCUCAACCACUACAGACUGUCGGCCUUCUUCAGCCGCCAUCGCCGGAGCGGAGCCAUGCAGCCAAGCGGAUGUCCGUGGCCCACAGACAGUUUGGUGACACAACAAGGAGCCACAGAGGUAAUGUUUGGGCCACGUAGUUUUGAUCGCUUUGUCCCUCCUUCGUUUAUCCAAAGGGAGCAGUCGAGCCGUUUCCAGCCCACGUACCCACAAAUGCAGACGCAGAUCGAACUCCCGCCCACGAUCUGCCUGUCCGAUGGCGAGGAGCCACCGCCAUAUAAAGGCCCCUGCACUCUCGCACUGAGGAGCCCCGAGCAGCAACUGGAGCUGAGCCGUGCCUCUGUGCGAGCUCCUCCUAAUCGUACUGUCUUUGAUAGCGACAUUAUGGAUGUUUACGGGCCCAGGCCACCCAGCACACACUCGGGCAAGAGUGCCUCAUACUCGCGCCUUCAGGGGCAAGGACCACCGCCCACCUACAGCGAUGUGAUUGGGCGGUCUUACCCAAACUUCACCUCCGCCUCCUCUCCUUCCUCCUCCUCCUCCUCCUAUUUCUUGCACCAGCACAGCAAUAACGCACCACCGUCCAAUCAGAGGAAGGCGAAGGACGGACGACGGGACAAACCAACUUGACUGAUAAGCACAGAGUGGGAGGGGCUGUGCUCUUUGGACCCUGUUCAUUAAUAUUGGAAAGGGGGCGUGGAUUCCCUCCAAGCACUCAGUCCCUUGCACAAUUUAGUAAUCCAGAGAACCGAGGAACCAAGCUUAAGUGAUUAUCACUUUUUUAUACUUUUUUUAAUUUUUAAUUUUUUUGCUACAACCUGUGGGCCUCGUGUGGAUGUUCAGGCUCUUUUGCAACUUCUCCUUUCACGUUUUUUUAUGCUUUCUUUUAUUUAAGUAUGUUUUAUUUUGUUCAAGGAACUGUGCAGGAUAUAGGGUUUUGCUUUUUUUUUUCUCCUUUUUUUGUUCACGUACAACACAUUUUUUUCCUACGUUCUUACCCAAUCCAAAUCCGAGUGCCAUGAUUUAUGUCAUUGUGAUUUAAAUCUCAGUGAUGUCAUCAAAAUGCAGAGAAAAAAUUCUACAUUGCACUAAAAACUUUUCUUUUUCUUUUUUUUUUUAAAGCCAUAUUAAUUUUUGUCUUAUGUUUUGUCUCCCAUUUCACUUUUUCACAUCUGAUCCAGCCUUUAAACAAAUAAUCCACUACUAACCCAAAAGAUGGCACUUAAAACAAAAAACAAAGGCGUUUUGUUUAAAUCCUGUUCGUUUUUCUCUUGUUGAACGUCAGCCUUUCAUCCGUUCAUCCUUUAAAAAUAGCACUUUAAAACUCGCUUGCUUCAGCAUGGUCCAGAUAAAAGGGAAUCAUGGAAAACGUAGUCUUAUGCACGUCCGCUAAAUCAAAUGCGUCUCAUUCGCUAGCUGAUUUUCUACGCUUCUUGCUUUACUAGUGCUGUUUGUUGUUUUUUUAGUUCUUAGUUUCAAACUCAAGUUCAAGUUAGAAAGUAUUCCUCUAAUAGAAAACUCAGUUUUAUUUUGUUACCUGUGAUGCCUAAAUGUUGGCCUUUUUGUCCUAGAUCUAGAGUUAAGAUGACACAUUUAUAUAAAUUAUAUAACUACUUGAAAAAUUCUCCUUUAAUGUUCUAAAAACAUCCGUGAUGUCCAGUAAUACAAAAUGAAACAUCAUAGGAACGUUAGAGUUAGAAGGCAAAAAAUAUAUAUACUUCAGGGAACCAGAAAUAACAUUGAGAAAACUUUCCAGUGACCUAAAAUUGUUCCAGUAAUGUUAACUUGUUCACUAAAUACUACGUAGAGAUUGAGAUCUACCUGGCUAGCUAGUCAUGUGACUGCUAGAUUUUUAUCCACAUUUGUUCCAAAGCAUGUUUAGCCGAAAAAUGCUGUUUGUCACCAAACACAACAUUAACUAAGCUAAUUAAAGCAGCGCUUUAAGGCUACUAGCUUAUUAUCCAGCGUAGAUGUUGCCUGUUAUGCUAGAAGUUAGCAAAGUUUGUUAAGAAGAUACAUCAUGUUUGGAAAACAAGUAUUGUUCUAUAUUUAUCAUUAAAACCAGUAGAUGUGGAGCGCUACCCAGCUAGCGACAAAUAAUCUGAGGAAAAAUAGCUAAUAGAAGGAUUGAUAUCAGCUGAGUUGAGCUGCUACGGGACUGAUAAUGUUUCGAAACAAGCAUGUUAUUUAAAAAAAAGAAAAAAAAAAAAAAGCAAGAUGUACUCAUCCGGUGUGUGUGAGAAAGAAAGAAAGGUCCUGCUGCUGCUAUGCUAAUGCUAACUUGGUUUCUAAUGCAAAACGCUAAUGCUGCUCUCCAUCUUUUCACGUUCACUCAUACUUCAUUUUUCACACGUUUAAUCUUUUUACAUUUAUUUUCUUCUUGUGUGUGUAUCGCUGUUCCAUCCCCGCUCUUAAAAACCUCAGAGUGGCUGUACAUUUGUUUUUACUUUUUACUUGUAAUUUUUUUUUUGCUGCAUGUUCCUCUGAGAAGAUUCGGUGCCUAAAAAAUUGUGUUAAAACAGAAAUAGGAACUUUUUCACUUUGCACUCUGACCCCCAAGCCCAGCUACCCCUCUUAACCGCAACCCCCUUGAUUCCUUCAACUACCAACAACCCCCAAAUCUGCCUCCAACAAACACAAUUCUGACCCCUUACUCAAACACCCCAUAGCCUUCCACUCCUCAAUAAAUAAACCCCUUGACCUUACUUCCACAAAUACAACCCCGUUAUCUCUCCAACUAUUGCCUCUUCCACCAUGCCAACCCCAGAAAACACAACCUUUGACUCCGCACAAACACAACCCACUUGACCCCUUACCCAAAUGCCAGGUACCCAUCAACUCCCUUACAAAUAAAACCCUUUGACCCUUUCACAAAUUCAAACCCCUUGAUUUCUCCAAAUAAUCCCCACCUCUUACCCAAACACAUCCACCACCACCACUCCCCAGCAAACACAACCCUUUUGACCCCUCCUUCUACACAACUACCUUACCAAAACACCUUAUACCCCUCAACUCCCUUACAUAUCAAACCCCUUGAUCCCAACAACCCACAAACAACCCCUUGACCUCCCUCCCAAACAUCCCCAUACCCUCUUACUCCUUCAAAAAACUUGACCACACCCCCACAAACACAAACCCUUGACUAAUCGAUUUAAGCAUUCCCAUACCUCCUGACUCCUACUCAAAACCCUUGACCACACCCCCACAAACACAACCCCUUGACUCAUCGACUCAAACAUUCCCAUACCUCCUGACUCCUCCACAAACAAGCUCCUUUGACCCCACACCCACAAACCUUCUAAACACCACACCCAAACAUCCCUAUACUCCUUGAGUCCCCUUACAAGCAUAACCCCUUGACCCAACCGUCCCCAUACCCCUGAAUUCAUCGGACACUCCCCACCCAAACUUAUCUGCCUAAUGCCCUUUAACAAAACACUUUAGCUUUUACCGUGAUCCUCCAUAAACACCCCCUUUGAUUCCACCCACCCAACCCUGUACAUACACCUCACAACCCUCUUGACUUUGCUCCUUGCCAAAAAUAAAAACCCCUUUACCCCGCUCCCCCACCGCAAACACAACCAUCCUGAACCUCCCUCCAAACAAAACAAAAAACAAACCCAGCACACCCCCUCACCUUUGUUGUGCCUCACUUCCUACGGUGCUUUUUUCACAAGUCUGACUUUGUUUAUUCGUACUGUGCUGUAUAAAAAUAUAUAACUUGAAAAUAUUAUGCACAUAUCCUACCCAAUGGGUAGACGAGAGAAAAAAUACAUGAGAGAACAAAUGUUAAUAGUGUAAUAUAAUGUAUAGAAGAUAUUACGAGGAGAAAUUUAACUCGGCCGCUUGGAGGGUUUUUUUGUGAAUGCCCUACAAUUGUGUUUUUUGUCUUUUGUAAUAAAAUAAAUACACAAAUAAAACACAAAAGAGGUCAUAAAAUUAUAAACAGUAUAGUCAACACAUACAAGUUACAAAAAAAUACUUCAUAAUAUAAUUUUUUUCCUCUAUCUGCUAUGUGAUGAUUUCGAGGCGUUCGCAUACAGAACUCGCUGCUGCUUUUAUAACUUCCAGAGAACUGAUCAUUAUUAAUGCCAGCGCUUGCCAUUUAUUUAUUUGACAUUUUUAUUGUUAUUAUUAUUAUUAUUUAGUAAUUAAUAGAUGUUCAAACAGAAGAGCUGUAUCUUAUUUCACCAAACAGACACGAAUGGAGAGUUUAACAAAUAAAGGUUUUGGAUCGUA